CAUUUUAUUUUAUGCGCAUUGCGCUCAUGCGCUGUCCGCGUGCCUUCUUUUCAACUACUUGUUAUUGACAUUUAAUAAAUGUGGAGUUAACUAAUUUCUUUAUAAUAUUAAUGUUUUUUUUUUGUUUUCAAUAACUUGAAUCAAAUCAAACGCUCAUUAUAAUAAACUUGUCUGUAUCUUUACUUCGUGGUAUAUAGUUCAGAAGAAAGUGCACAGUUAACACAACAUGGAUGAAGAAAAAAAGGUUAUGUUUCACGAAAUGGAACUAGAUGAUCGAAUAUUAAAGGCAAUAUCACAACUCGGUUGGCCACAUCCAACAUUGAUACAAGAGACGGCGAUACCUCUUCUGUUGGAAGGUAAAGAUGUACUCAUGCGUGCGAGGACGGGGUCGGGCAAAACAGCGGCAUUCACAAUACCAGUCAUACAAAAGAUACUAAACCUUAAGAACACAAGUACACAUCAGUGUAUAAAAGCUCUUAUCUUGUCUCCAAGUAAAGAGUUGUGUGGCCAGAUUACUUCAGUAAUAAAUAAUUUAACACUAAAAUGUUCGAGGGAAGUUCGUUGCAUAGAUAUAUCACAAAAUGCUGAUAUGCAGAUACAGAAGUCGUUGUUGUCAGAUAAACCAGACAUUGUUGUUGCAACACCAUCUAGAGCACUAGCGCACUUGAAAGCUAAUAGCAUGAGGUUGAAAGAAGAUUUGGCGGUACUGGUUGUUGAUGAGGCAGAUUUAGUUUUUUCAUUUGGAUAUGAAGAUGAAAUCAAAGAGUUACUUGGUCAUUUGCCAAAAAUCUACCAAGCAGUGUUAGCUUCAGCGACACUAUCAGAUGAUGUGAUCAGUUUAAAAAAAAUUGUGCUCAGAAAUCCAGUAACUUUAAAACUUGAGGAGCCAGAGUUAGCGCCGUCGUCACAACUACAGCACUAUCAUUUGUUUGCAGAGGAAGAUGACAAAGCGGCAAUUUUGUAUGCACUCUUAAAACUAAACUUAAUCAGAGGCAAGAGUAUCAUCUUUGUAAGGACCGUUGAUAGGUGUUAUAAAUUAAAACUUUACUUGGAACAGUUUAAAAUCAGCUCAUGCGUACUAAACUCUGAGCUACCAGCUGCGAUCAGGUGUUUGUCUGUGGAUCAGUUCAACAGAGGACGUUAUCAAAUUAUCGUGGCAUCGGACGAAAAAGCUUUAGAAAAACCAGACGGAGGUUUGCUUGGUGAAGAGGAAUUUACAAAAAAGAAAAAGAAAAAGUCAAAACGUAAGAAAGACAAAGAGUCAGGCGUGUCACGUGGUAUAGAUUUCCAACAUGUCUCCAACGUCAUCAACUUUGAUUUUCCUCUCGAUGUUACUUCAUACGUGCACAGAGCGGGACGCACUGCUAGAGGAAAUAACCAGGGAUCAGUGUUGUCCUUCGUAUCAAUAAGAGAAAAGCCAUUGAUGGAUGCUGUCGAAGAACAUUUGUCGAAAGGUUUCAACGGACAGCAAGUACUGCAGAGGUACGAGUUCGCGCUGGAGUCGGUGGAGGGGUUCCGCUACCGCUCGCGGGACGCGUGGCGCGCCGUGACGCGCGUGGCCGUGCGCGAGGCGCGCCUGGCGGAGCUGCGCCGCGAGCUGCUGGCCUGCCGCCGGCUGCAGGGCUACUUCGAAGAGAACCCCACAGACCUUGCAGCGCUGAAGCGGGAUAAAGCGCUGCACACAGUGCGCAUACAGCCACAACUAGCUCAUGUACCGGAGUACUUACUGCCGGCCGCGCUGCGUUCAGAUGAUACUGAGGCCGAUACAGAGGCCUCUACGCCGGCACCUCCCAAGAAGAGGAAGCAGGCUGGAAGCUUUGGUAGCGCGAAGAGGCAUAAAUAUCAGGCACGACAGAGAGAUCCGUUGAAGAGUUUCGAACUGAAAAAUCUAAAGAAGACGCCAGCGGCAGACGACGGUUAACACAUUUGCGAGUCGCAGCGGUCGAUUAGUUCGAGUAUUCGGUUAGUACUGUGAUAAGUGCUCUUCGAUGAAAUAUACGAAUGUUCUGUUUA